GUGACAUUAUUAGACGGACCGUACCUCACGUUAGGGGUCAGGCAUUUUUGAAAGAUCAGAUGUGUUUGCAGUGUGUUUAAAAUGUCGAAUUUUUCCAGAUCUGCUCAGCAAUGGGCGACCUUCGCCCGCUCCUGGUUCGUCAUCGACGCCAGGAUGCAGCCGCCUGGCAAAAUCGCAARCAUAUGUUGUACUAUACUGCAGGGGAAAAAUAAGCCUAUCUACCACGCCCUGAGUGAGUGUGGUGACCAUGUUGUUGUUGUAAACUCCAGACACAUUGCUUUCUCUGGGAACAAAUGGGAGCAGAAAGUCUACUCGUCACACACGGGGUAUCCGGGUGGAUUAAAACAAGUCACAGCUGCUCAGCUUCACCUAAAGGAUCCCAAAGCUAUAGUGAAGCUGGCGGUUUACGGCAUGCUGCCCAAAAACUUGCACCGACGCUCCAUGAUGCAGCGUUUACACAUCUUUCCUGAAGAUGAGAUACCGGAUGAUAUUCGAGCCAACCUGACAGAGGAGCUUUUUCAACCUCGAGAGAUUCCAAAGAGACUCGACGAGUACACUCAGGAGGAGAUUGAUGCCUUCCCCAGGCUGUUCACGCUACCUGAAGGCUACAGGAUGAAAUGAAAUCAAGGCUGUUUUUUAAAACAUCCUGUUUCUGUGUCCAAACAGACAGAAUUACCUUUUUUUUUCUAGUUUCAUGACAAAUAAAAGUCAGAUUGUUGUGCAAAUUUGGCCAAUUGAUUUCUUUUUGUUUUAUUCCAACUCUGGCAUCAACUUCUGACCCAACUCUGAGACACAGUGUGGAUGCCAGCAGCAGCACAAACACACAGAAGCUCCGCCCCCCCGGUCAGUUGUCGUAGCCACGAGCGAAACCCCUGCAGACCUGAAACAUCCAGGAGCAGCUUGAGAUCUCAGCUCUGAUCAGAGACAACCAGAUCCUGUGGCUUUACUCCCCGUGAAACGAUCCGAUCUGGCCCGUGAAAAACGACAUCUGUUCGGAGCGCGAGCAGCGCAACCAAUUAGCACAUUGCUAUGACGACAUCAGCAAAUGUCAACGUUGGUCAUGACGUCUUCUCUGCAUUUCUGUUUGUCUGAAAAUAAAUUGCUCUUGUAAGCUGUA